AUGCCACAUGCAACUUUCCAACACAAAACCACCUGGUGGAAGGAAGGCAUCGUGUACCAGGUAUAUCCAGCGUCUUUCAAGGACUCCAAUGGAGAUGGCAUCGGAGACAUACCUGGCAUUAUAUCGAAGUUAGACUACAUCCGAGACAUAGGGGUAGACAUCAUUUGGGUCUCGCCCCAUUUCAAGAGCCCACAGGUCGAUAUGGGAUACGACAUCUCUGACUUCGAGGAUAUACACGAACCAUAUGGAACGCUCGAGGACUGCGAGCGUUUAAUUCGCGAAACUCACAAGAGAGGGAUGAAGAUCAUUUUCGACCUAGUCAUUAAUCACACCUCCGACCAACACUCCUGGUUCCUUGAAUCGAGAUCUUCUAAAGAUAACCCGAAGCGAGACUGGUACUUCUGGCGAGCUCCUAAAUUCGAUGAGCAUGGUAAUAGAUGUCGUCCCAACAACUGGAGGAGCCAGUUUACUAAACCUGCGUGGACUUGGGAUCCGCUCACCGAGGAGUAUUAUUUACAUGUCUAUGCAAGUGGCCAGCCCGACCUGAACUGGGAGAACGAAGAAUGCCGCAGGGCAAUCUACGAAAGCGCGAUCAGGUUUUGGCUCAAGCGCGGUGUGGAUGGCUUUCGCAUCGAUACUGUCAACAAGUAUUCCAAGGUCCCUGGAUUGCCGGAUGCCCCAAUCACAGAGCCGCAGGAAGCCACACAGGUAGCUGUCUGUCGAUACACCAACGGCCCUCGGAUCCAUGAGUACUUGAAAGAGAUCAAGGAUAUUUUAUCAGGGUUCGAUGUCAUGACAGUUGGUGAACUGCCAAAUACACCCGACAGUAACGAGGUCCUACAAUACAUCUCUGCGCGCUCGGGCGAAUUGAACAUGGUCUUGAACUUUGACACGGUGAACCUCGGACAAACGCCUGGAAAUCGUUUUCUGCCGCAGCCCUUUGACAACCUUGAUUUCAAGAACCAAUUAACAAAAUGGCAGACGCUGCCUGCAGAGACUGAUGCAUGGACUACCGUCUUCCUGGAAAAUCAUGAUCAAGGUCGAUCAAUAUCUCGGUUUGCUUCAGAUCUUCCAGCAUACCGACAGAGUGCAGCCAAGAUGCUGGCGACAAUUCUCGCGACCAUGACCGGAACAUUGUUCUUAUAUCAGGGCCAAGAGAUCGGUAUGGUCAAUGCACCUGAGUCCUGGUCGCCAGAUGAAUACAAGUGUGUCAGAUCGGUCAAUUACUUUCGCGAUAUCUGUGCGCGCAGUCGCAAUAAUUCAGGUUCAAUCGAGCAGGCCCGCCGCAACCUUCAGCGUGUGGCACGAGACCAUGCCCGAGUACCGAUGCAAUGGGAUGCGACUCACAAUGCCGGCUUCUGCGAUGAAGACGUACAGCCUUGGAUGUCGGUGCUGGAUGUUCAUCGCGAGAUCAAUGUGGCUGAUCAGAUAAACACCAAAGGAAGCGUACUGAGCUAUUGGCGUUCGAUAUUAGCUCUCAGGAAGAAUUAUGCCAGCCUCUUUGUGUAUGGGAGCUUCGUGGCCAUUGAACAGGAAAGGAAUUUGAUGUCGUUCCUGAAGAUCGACGAACGCACUGGGGCAAAGAGCUUGAUCGUCGCAAACCUAUCGAGAGAGACUUUGCAGUUUACACACCCUGAUGGCUUUGCAUCGGAAGAGACACAGUUUCUGAUCGGCACUCACAGUAAUGAUGCUGAACCAGAGUGGCAACAGCAGGUUUUGGCACCUUUUGAAGCCAGGGUCUACAUACAGCAAGGCUAG